GAUCUGGAAGAUGUUCAGAGAAUGGCCAAUGAAUGGUCUGGCUUCCAAAGCAAAUGAGGUUGAGUGAGUAGUUUUUCCUUGCUAAGGAUUUCAGAUUUUAUCCUAUAUGUGAUAGAAAGGUGAAAGAAGGUGCAGCGGAAUGAUAUUCUCAGUUAUUUUAGAAAUAUCAUCCUGGCAGCAGUAUAUAGAAUUGCCUGAAGAUAUGAAAAAUAACCCCAGACAAGAAUUUGUGAGCUUCUUAAAGAAUCUCCAAGUUGUAACUAUGCACAUGACUGUCCAGAAUGAAACCUGAAUCUUCUAACCUUUAUUACAGAGAGGAAUGACCACUUGAUUAGGGCCUAGCCAAUGGGAGGUUUGCUCACGGGUGAAGACCUAGGCGCUGACCACACCCCACGCUCCCGCCCUCACGUGCCUGGGCGCCUCAGAGGGACGAGCCCGCAGCCCAAGGGGCGGGGCAAGAGGGCAAGGUGGGGCGUGGCCUGGCCUGGCUGGCCAAUGGAAGCGCUGAGCCCAACGGCAGCAGUUACGUGUUCAGUGGGCGGGAAUUUUCUCCUGAGAAGACCCGAAGGAGGCGAGCUCACCUCUGGUAAAAAUCCUGAGAGGCUGGAGAGAGGAGAAGUAAGGCCAGUUUCUCUCUCUUCCCACUGUGAGGUGGAUUCAACUAUCUGCAAUGCAAUGAAAUACAGUUGACAGAUGAAAGCAAUUUUAUGAGCAUAUGACAUCCGAUGUUGAAAUUUGUACUACUUUCAAAGAAAGAAGAUAUGUUUCCAACAUUAAAAUAUUGUGCAAUAGACUAUUCAUAUGAGAACGUAGUUAGAAAGAAGUUUUAUAGAGAUGCUUUAUUGCUUCGAAUCCCUUCAUAUUUAUAUCAAGAUGACAAUUAUCCUGCAAGAGUUACUGAUGAUAAAUUUAGGAGGCCAUGGACAAGAGCUGUUUCAGUUUGGGGAAUGACAGAAAUCUCAGUCUUGGAUCAAUGGAAAGCAAGUCUCUUUGUGGAGGAUUUCCUUGAGAAAAAAACAAUUACAGGAAUGGUGACCCAGCUUAACUUUGAAUUUGAGGAAGUUGUGCCAAGUUCAAACCCAAACUCCCAAAUUGAAGUAGAGGAAGCCAGCUUACAUACCCAUGAGGACUACAAUGAAGUCUUUACACUUGUCAGCUGCUCAGAAAAAUGUCCAUCACUUCAAGCACAGAAGCAAGAUUUGUCUAUUGAUGAAGAAGUAAUUUUUGUAGAUAAUUUGAUGGCCUAUAAAAGCCAGCUACCAACUUUGCAUACUCUGUUGAGUAGGCUAAAACUAUAUUUAGUAAAGGAUCCCUUGUUAGAUUUCAAAGGACAGAUCUUCACAGAAGCUAAUUUUUUCAGGGAGUGUUUCUCCUUUCAAGGAGAUUUGGAAGGUUUUGUGAAAGAAGAUUUUUACAUGGAUGAAGAGAACUUUUAUCAGGAGAAGCUGGAAGAUACACCAUCAAUUUUGUCUGAGUGUGAAUUUUUAAUACCUACAAGCCUCAAGCAAGACGUUAAUAUUCCAUCACUCUCAGAACUGAAGGAGUCAUUAAACUUAAUGCCAGAGAUAAUAAAUUAUGUAGAUGAAAAUGAAAAGCUUUUCAAAAGAGAUCUUACUAUCAAGCAUGGAAUUGACAUUGAGGAUAUAAAAUGCAGCUCCAGAGACAUUUUGGCCAUUCAAAGCCUAUGUGAACCGGAGUACAGGGAACCAGUAGAGUUAGAAAUGCCAUUAACUCAUCUACACCCAACAAACCAACAUUCUUCGGUGAACUCAUUAUGUGCAGAACUUCAGACAUUUCCAUCUUCUCCUGUUUGUAAAAUUAGUUUGCUUACUGCUGAAGAAUCAGCUAACAAAUACUGUAUGGUGUGUCAAUCCGAAAGCUACAGAAACUCUUUGAACCCAUUUUUGCUUAGAGCGUCAAGAACUGAAGAGCCCAACAGUCAAUAUUCAGUUACAGAUUUGAAAAAGAUAUUUUCUAUUGAAGAAGAAAGACUUGUGGUUAAUCCUGUAAGUGCAGAGUGGUGGAAACAAGCAGGACUAAAUCUGAUUGUGACGGAAACUUUGGAACAUCUGAGUACAUAUUUGUAUCAUAAUGUUCUAUCUACUGAUGAUACUAAACUGGAGACAUUUUUGCCUACGAGUGUGCUUCAGUUAGAAUCAUGGCUAGAACAUAAAAGUUGUUCCUCACCUAUUGUACUUAUUAAUGAGAAAUCUACGAACGAUCAUUUAUCACCAUCACAAAAGACUCCAUCUCUGGCAAAAGAAGUACCAGACUUGUGUUUUUCUGAUGAAUAUUUUACUAUUAAAAGACCAAGAAAAGAAGAAAAACCAAAGAAUGACCUAGAACUAGGUUAUAAAAUAAUCCAAAAUAAAGAAAAUAAAGAUUACUUGGAACUCGAUAGCACAGUACCAUCUACUGAAUCUUCUUCUUCUUCAAAAAUUGAAAAACCAUCUUUUAAACAUGGUAAAAAAUCGGAGAAUAAUUUGGACCUUUUGAGUGACUUUAUUAUGCUGCGAAAUAAGUAUAAGACUUGCACUUCAAAGAAGGUUGAAGUCACAGACAAUGAUGGAAAAGAUGAACUUCAAGACAAAGAAGAACAUUCUUUGACUCUUCAAGAAGAAAGUCCUAUUGUUGGUACUAAUAAAACCCUGCAGAAAGCAAAUCAGGAAAGGAGAACAGAUAAUGUCAUCGAAAUUCAAGCAUCAGAUAGCCAGUGCCAAGCAUUCUGUCUCCUAGAAGCAGCAGCUUCUCCUAUUUUAAAAAAACUUGUAUGCCUCUGUACUCUUCCUGCUGCUAACUGGGAAUUUGGCACUGUCAUUUUUGACCAAACAAGGUUCCUCUUAAAAGAACAAGAAAAAGUAAUAAGUGAUGCUAUUCACCAAGGUAAAAAUGAUGAAAGAGAAAUGACAUUCAAGUAUGCUGCUCUCUUACACCUUUUGGUAACGAUUAGAGAUGUCCUUUUAACAUGUAGCUUGGACAUGGCAUUGGGAUAUUUGUCAAAUGCAAAAGAUAUCUACAAAAGCAUUUUAGGCUCCUAUUUGGAUGACAUUUGGCGACAACUGGAGAUUGUACAGUUUAUUAGGGAAAAAAGGCCUGAAACCAACUACAAGAUACAAGAAUUGCAACGUCAGAUACUAAAUUGGAUGCAAAGCGGACAGCAAAUUAAGGUGCUGAUUAUAAUAAGAAUGGAUUCAGAUGGUGAAAAACAUUUACUCAUUAAAAUCCUUAGCAAAAUAGAAGGUUUGACACUGACUGUCUUACAUUCGAACAAAAGAAAAGAUUUUCUGGAAUCCGAAGGUGUUUUAAAUGGUACAAGUUUCUGUGCAGUUGUACACAAUCAAUAUAUUGGAGCAGAUUUCCCCUGGAGUAAUUUCUCAUUUGUAGUGGAAUACAAUUUUGCAGAAAACUCUUGCUGGACUGAACAUUGCAAAAAAUUGAAUAUUCCUUAUUUGGCCUUUAAAGUGAUUCUUCCAGACACAGUUUUAAAGAGAAGCACCUUGCUGGAUAGUUUUGGUGGAUUUCUUUUGGAAAUUCAGAUUCCAUAUGUGUUUUUUGCAUCUGAAGGACUUCUUAAUACUCCACAAAUACUUCAGUUGUUAGAAUCCAACUAUAAUAUCACACUAGUGGAGAGAUGCUGCAGUGAGUCAUUGAAACUCUUUGGAGGUACAGAACAUUAUGUAGUGAUGACAAUUGAUGAGCACACCAGCAUAAUUUUGCAGGACCUAGAAGAAUUAAACUGUGAGAAGGCAUCAGACAAUAUCAUUAUGAGACUGAUGGCAUUAUCAUUCCAGUACAGCUACUGUUGGAUAAUUUUAUAUGUCAAAAAACCAUUAAACUCAGAGUACCAUCUUACAGAAAAGACACUUCAUCAUCUAGCACUGAUUUAUGCAGCUUUGGUUUCAUCUGGGCUAAAAUCAGAAGAACUGGAUGUAAAGCUUAUAAUUGCCCCAGGAGUGGAAGAGACUGCAAUGAUAAUUCGACAAAUUGCUGACCACAAUUUAAUGACCUCGAAGAGAGAUCCUCAUGAAUGGUUGGAUAAAUCCUGGCUUGAAGUUUCACCAUCUAAGGAAGAAAUGCAUUUACUUGAUUUUCCAAGUGUUAAUCCAUUGGUGGCUCAGCUCAUGUUAAAUAAAGGACCUUCACUGAACUGGAUAUUAUUAGCAAAUCUUUGUCAACUUCAGGAACUCCUACCUGAAGUUCCAGAAAAAGUGUUAAAGCAUUUUUGUGGCAUCACUUCCUUAUUCAAGAUUAGUCCUUCCAUAACAAAAUCACCUCAAAUGCCAUCACCUCAGGAAAACAGGAAUCAGACUUGUACCUUUACUUCUCAGAGUUCAGCUUCUGGCUCUUCAGAUUCUGUCAUUCAAGAAUAUAAUGAAUAUUACCAAUAUUCAGACUUAGGAGAGACAGUGCAUGAAGACAAAAACACCACUUCAAAUUAUAACUCUUCCCUUAUGGAACUAAAAGAAAUGCCAUGCAUUUUACCACCUGUGACCUCUUACAGUCAGACCAGCUACUGGAAGGAGUCCAGUUGUAACCCUAACAUAGUGCAGAAUAAUUCUUUCCUAACUAAUAUAGAAGCAAGGAAUGUGUCUGGUAAUUCCUUUCUGAACCAUAAUGAUUCGGAGUCAGAUGUCUUUUCUUUGGGUCUAACAGAAAUGAAUUGUGAAACCAUAAUGUCACCAACUGAUAAUCAGAAGAGAGUUACCCCUUUUUCUGAUAAUUUCAUAAAUUAUCAGAAAAAGGGAACACAAGGAGCAAAAGGACCUACAAACAAAGAAUUGUCUGCCCCCAUCUUUUCACUAGAGGGUUCUCAAUCUCCUCUUCAUUGGGACUUUAAGAGAAAUGCACGGGAACAACAGAAUCACCCAUUCAAAUUACAGUAUAGUGCAGAGCAGAAUACAUGUGACAGAUGGUACUCUCAGAAAGAUAAUUUAUUUACUAAUCAGCAAAAAUGUCUAUCGGAUGAGUUAGAAGGCUUCAUAUGUGAAAGUUCAAAUGCUGGGACUAAAAAGAUUUUCUGGAAAGAAUUACCAUCUGUCCCCAGUUUGGAUUUAUCUUGUGCUUCUAAUUCUAAUGUAAAUCAGAAAGGAUUCAACAGUCUUUAUUUCUACGAAAGAGCUGGAAAAUGUUUAGGACAGAAAAGGCACUCUGAAUCUUCAUCUAAUACAGGAGACAAGAAAUCAUUAACAGAUUUCAUGUGCUCACAACUACCACAAUUCAAAAAACGACGUCUAGUGUAUGAAAAAGUCCCUGGUAGACUCGAUGGACAAACUCGUCUGAGGUUUUUUUGAAAGAAAGAAUAGUGCCACAUGCCACAUUUGAUUCUUUUUUGUGAUGAAUCAGUAAUAAAAUGAUUUAGAUUUGCUCUUAUAUC